UUGAUGGUUGUUUUUCUCCCUUAUGACCUAAAGACACACAGUUUGACGAUGACGUCUAUGAAGAUGUGGUAUCUCUUGUUCCUCGCUGCCUUCCUGCCCAUUGUUCCCACAGUGGCUGAAGUUGUUGAGUCGGUGUCUGAGUGUGACCAGUUUCUCCUUGAAGCAAAGCCACCACAGGUCCCAGGCAUCUUGGAGGGCGGGAAAAUUACGGACCAGAAUCGAUACAAACCCAUAUGCCAGACUUUGGAAGACGAGAGAAAGUUUCUGACGCUCUACGACACCAAGAACAGGAUCCCAGUGUUUUCUGCUUUAAAGUACAGAGGGGAAGGAGAAGGAAAGACCUCAAACGAGUGGAUGAUAGAGCCACAGCUUGAGAAUGAAGAAGACAAGAACAAGAACAUGGUGGAUGUAGAAAGAGACAGGACCUACAACAACCAGGCUGGGGACAAUGAUUACAAAGACCAAAAAGGGUUUACCAGGGGCCAUUUAAUUGCAAGCUCUUAUGGGUUCCAGAUAUCUGGCAAAAUGUCCACCUACACCCUGACCAACAUUGUUCCACAACAAAAAACAUUCAACAAGGGAAGCUGGUCCAAAAUGGAGAAGUGCGUCAAAUGUAUUAUAGACCGGCACUGUACCAACAAUGGUGUUACUGAAGCCUAUGUGGUAACUGGAGCACAACCCAACAACAACAACAAACAACUCAAUAACAGGGUUAAUAUUCCUGACACGCUCUGGUCAGCAUUCUGCUGCUUUGACUCCAAAAAGAAGAAAUGGAUCGCAAACGCACACUGGGGCAACAAUGAUCCAGAAAUUUUAUCUGAAAAGAAAACUCUGCCAACUAAGACUCUGGGAGAGCUCAAACAACAACUGGGGAUAGAUGUGUUUCGUGAAACACAGUGUCCUGAGACUGUGUUCUUCACAAACGUUGACAACUGCCCAUGCCCCCGCUCUGCUUCAACCACUUCGUCCCGUCACAAUUAAAAUCUUCCCCUUUCACACCCACAUCUGGCCAUCUCACCAUGAUAUUUUCCCCUCUCACUAAACAUCUGGUCCAUUAUAUCUAGCCCCACCACAUCUACAUCUGCCUCUGUACUACAUCUGUGAGUACAGAUGUGUCGGUGUGGUUCUACCUGUAUGAGGAAGAAAAAUACAACUCUGGUGACAAAUUGGGACAUUCACACAAAGUCUUUAAUCUGCGAUUAUUCAUUAUGUUUAAUUACUGAAGCUUUAAAAAUGAAUCAAAAACAUGUACACAUGUAUAAAAUGAACUAAUCUAUAUUUUGCAUCACCUUAACUAUAAAAAUGAUUCAAUGCAGAAUUAAAAACCUGAAAAUUAUUAUACAUAUUAUGUUUUUUACAUUUUACUGUACUUUACUUUUUGUUUAAUUUCAUUUUUUCUUUAUUGUGAAUUAAACUGAGCUUUCAACAUCUCAUUUCUUGAAUUUCUUGUAUAAAGAGAAGUACAAAAUACAAAAUACUGCUUUUUUAAACAUGUCCCUGUUGGUCUCCAGAUAAUUGCUGAACCAUACACAGCAUGUCAAGCUGUGCAGUGUGAAUCAGUGUAAACUGGCUACAGCCUAUUUAUCCUUCAUUGAUCUCUUUUGAAUAUAAUACAUUAAGACUUUGUCACAAGCUGUGACGGGCUGUGAUGGGCUGAAGCGGUUGGGUGUGAAUGGACCACCUUAUAUAAACAGGGGUUGUGAACAUGUGCCUCGUGUUAGUGUUGCUAUAAGUUUGAUGCGUUAUUUUUCUUUUGUUAUUUUGGAUUGAAUUAUCCAUGUACUGCCGACCAUGGUCAAUAAAAUAAU